CACAAAGAGCAUCCUCUUCCUUCCAUCCGAAGCUGGCUUGGUGAGGGUGGGCCCCACACACACUCUCUGUUCGGCGAUCCGCCGAAUUCGUCUCCAGCAUGAAAUCCACCUCCAUCGCUGGAAAACUCGCUCUUCACGGCCUCCAAAAUCUCUCUCUCUCUACCUGUGACCUUUCUGACGAGAUCUAUUCUUGAGAGGAAUCCGAAGCUCCAUGCUGUGACCUCGCGUUUUACUGCUUUUGUUUCAGUGGAUCCAUACUAUCUUCAUGGUUUGAGCAGUAGAGAUUUGAUUCUAGGUUGUGAGGCCUGUUGAAACGUCUCUUUCUCAAAGUAAGCGAGCAAUGAUCUUUUCUCAAAUCUACCAACAUAUCUUUGUGCUAAGUUUGAAAAUUAAAUUGCUACAUUCUGGAAAACUGGUUCAGAGUUAUAGGUGCUUCUCCUAGAAAUGGGAGUUUCAAGCUCUAAAAUUGAAGAUGACAAGGCCCUUUCGUUGUGUCGAGAUAGAAAGCAUUUUGUUAAACAAGCCCUUGAUGGAAGAUGCUCACUUGCAGCUGCACACGUUUCUUAUAUCCACUCCCUCAGAAAUACUGGAACUGCACUUAGAAAAUUUGUAGAGCCUGAAGUACCUAUAGAGUCUUCCUUGUACACAUCAACAUCUGCAACGCCUGAGCCUCUUGCUCUAACUGAUAAGUCUAUUUCUCAAUUUUCAAAUUCAUCUCCUUCUCUCUCACAGCAUGUGGAUGUGGGUGAGUCUUUUUCUCCGGUUCCUUCACCUCUUUCUUCAGGACGGUUUCAUAUUAAUCAUAUGAAAGCAGGCAGAAAUUUUUCCACAACUGUUGAGGAGAAACCACCCAUUCCUGUCAUAGGAACUCUGCAAACCUCCACGACUCCAAAACACCUCGUAUCUCAUUCAGAUGAAAAUUCAUCCUUUGAAUCUCCUUCACCACCCCCUGGUGAUCCACCAUGGGAUUAUUUUGGUCUCUUUCAUCCUAUUGACAACCAGUUGUCUUUUCAAGAUGGAGGGGAGUUAAACCAUUAUUUGGACAACGCUGAUGAUAUCAGACAUCUCAGGGAAGAGGAGGGAAUUCCAGAAUUGGAAGAGGAAGGAGAAAAAGCCUCUACAAAUGGAAGGGACGAUUUUGCAGAUUCAGAAGAUGAUUUUGACCAACCGUCCUCUGAACCCUUAGUACGAAUGUUUAGAAACAGGAAUGUAAUUCAGAAUCAUCAUUUAACGAAUGACUCUCCUGCCAUUCCAUCUGUGGAAAGUGUAGCUUCAGAAACUGAGCAGCAAAAUGGGGAGAAGAACUUGAUCACUGAUGGUAUGCAAGGAACUGUUGAAACUCCUGAAUUGACACCAUCAAAGAUGGCAUCCUCUGCAGUUACACUUCCUAUCAAUGGGAAGGUGCAAGGAACUGUUGAAACUCCUGAAUUGACACCAUCGAAGAUGGCAUCCUCUGCAGUUACACUUCCUAUCAAUGGGAAGGUGAAGGAACCUGGUCCAGAAAUUAAACUUCAGUCAAAGGACUUCUUCUCAUGCAUCAAAGAAAUUGAAGAUCUAUUUUUGAAAGCUUCCAACUCUGGAAGAGAAGUUCUUAGGAUGCUGGAGGCAAACAAAGUGCACUUCCGUCCUCUGUUUCCGGAAGAAAUAGCUCACAGAUCAAAGGCAUUUAUAUUUCUCACAGCUUUUCUUGCUUGCUGCAAGGAAGAAGUCCCUCAAUCUCAGGUGCCUACUUCAAAUGAGAUAAAGUACUUAACAUGGCAUAGAUCUGUAUCAUCACGCUCUUCAUCCUCCAGAAACCCUCUUGGUGCGACAUCAAAAGAUGAUAUUGAGGACCCCAGCAGUAAUCUCUUCAGCAGCAUAUGUAUGAAUUCGGGCAGUCAUGCCUCUACAUUAGACAGGUUGUAUGCCUGGGAGAGGAAGCUUUAUGAUGAAGUUAAGGCAAGUGGGUUCAUUCGAAGGGAAUAUGACAUGAAGUGUAGACUACUUAGACAUCAAGAGUCCAGAGGAGAGAACCAAUACCGUAUUGAUAAAACCCGUGCUGCUGUUAAGGACCUGCACUGUAGAAUUCGAGUUGCAAUUCAGAGAAUUGACUCCAUAUCAAAGAGAAUCGAGGAAUUAAGGGACAAAGAACUUCAACCACAACUGGAGGAGUUAAUUGGAGGCUUAACACAGAUGUGGAAAAUGAUGCUUGACUGGCACAAGAAGCAGUAUAGCAUCAUCUUGGUAGCAUGCAACAAUGGCGGCACCAAAGUCUCAAUUAGCUCAGAGUCUCAUCGCCAGGCCACCAUCCUCCUUGAGUUUGAGCUGAAUUCUCUGCGUUCAAACUUCACAAAGUGGAUCUUGACACAAAAAUCUUACCUAAAAGCGAUAAACGAUUGGCUUCACAAGUGUGUAAUUCAAGAGUGUGCGUUCCCAUCAAGACAGAAGCCCUCAAGGAGAAAGCAAUUAGGGUUUGAUCAAAAAUGGGAAAUUUUUCCGCCAAUAUUUGUUACUUGCCGAGAAUGGUUGGCCCAACUGGAUAAGUUGCCAAGCAUGGAAGUAGCAGAUUCUAUAAAAGAUCUUGUGACUGUGACGACCCAUUUCCUGCCUCGCCAGGAGAAAAGCCAUGAGAAUUCGAAGUUAUCAUUCACAUUCUCUCGGAAGGCAGGGCAAAGUGCUGGGCUCAAAGGAGACAUUAACAGAAACAAAUCCCCUGUGGAUUGGAGCCUGAAUUAUGACAGCUUGCAGUCAGGUUUGGUGGUCUUCUUAGAUCGGUUGAAAACUUUUGCUGAGUCAUCAGUAAUGCAGUAUGAAAUUCUCCAGAAGAUCAUCAAUGAAGCUCAUGAUAGGUACGAGAAUGUUGGGUUGAGGACGUGAGUGCCCUCUGUUUUCGGAAGUUCUUUAGAAACCCAAGGGAUGAAAGAAGAAAAUGACAGCUGGUUAACUAUGGUUGAAUAAGUUGAUUGGAGGUGUAAGCCAGUGAAGGUAUUGGAGAGAGGGCCCUGUAAAACCUCUCCUUUGUAAAUUUACUUGGGGAAUAAAGGGUUUUUAGGUUGGUGGUUUAUGUAAAGUUUGAAAAUAAGCACGCCAGCAGGUGAAUUUUAGUGCUUGGCUGCAAGUAGAUAUCUGCAGACAGAAUGUAGUCUCGUUAGAUGUACACAGUGAAGAUGGGCUUUCUGGUUUCUCUAGAGGGUGUAAUUUUGUUGAUAUUAUCCAUGGGGUGUAUUAGUGAGUUGAUGAUAAGAAAUGCAACCUGUACAUUGUAUAGAUGCCCAGAAACUCAUACCUAUGUCUUCAAUAAUAUGUGCAUUGCUUCUUGUCUUCAAUCAA